UUAAGCUUCUGAAGGUUAAUGGAGCUGUACUUUCUAUUACUAUGAACCCAAAUUCAAAGAGUUUUUCUGUUGGGUCUGAUCAAGGAUACGUCUCACUAAUUGAUAUUGAGAGCCUCAGCGUAUUGUAUGAAAGGCACAUAGCAACUGAACUCUGCACAGGUAUCAUCUCUUCACAGUUUGAGACAUGCAGCCUCCAUGGUUUUGAGAAGAAUGUUCUAGUGCUGGCUACAAGAGAUUCAUCAGUGUUGGCACUUGAGGGUGAGACAGGGAACAUAUUAAGCCCUAGUAUGGUUCAUCCUAAGAAGCCCUCCAGAGCUCUAUUUAUGCAGAUUAUUGGUGUACAGGAAAAUUCCAAUAGAGGAUCUAGCAUUUCAGAUUGCAUGAACACAGAUAAGGGGAAUUCUGAUGCCUCAAGGCUACCACUUGUAUUACUCUGUUCUGAAAAAGCUGUUUAUGUGUAUUCCUUGGUGCAUGUAGUUCAGGGAGUUAAAAAAGUACACUACAAAAAGAAGUUUCAUUCCUCUUCUUGCUGCUGGGCUUCCACUUUUGAUGGUCCUCAGGCUGGUGUCACUCUUCUCUUUUCAAAUGGAAAAGUUGAAAUAAGAUCCCUUCCAGAGCUAUCCCUUCUAAAAGAAACAUCAGUAAGAGGGCUUACGGUUUCAACUCCAAAAGCAAACUCAAUUUCUGACACCUCCAUAUGCUCUUCGCAUAGUGGUGAACUCAUAGUGGUGGACAGGGAUCAAGAAAUGUUUUUCAUCUCAGUUUCAGUCCUAAAGGAUUCCUACAGGUUUCUGGACCUUGCAUCCCAAGUUUACGAUAGAGAGAUAUUGGUUGAACAAGGACCUAUUUCAGCACCCAUCAUCCAUAAAGAAAAGAAAAAGGGUAUAUUUGGGUCUGUCAUCAAAGGAAACAAAGCAAAGAAUCCACCUGAACAAGCAGCUGAAGAUCCGCAAGAAAGUAUUGAAGAAUUGUCAGCAAUCUUUUCAGUUCCCAAUUUUCCUUUAGAUGCAGAGAAUGAUGAGAAGUUAAGCAUGGAUGAAGAUGACAUCUUGGAUAUAGAUGACAUUGACAUUGAAGAUCCUGUAGUGAAACCUAAAGGAAAUCCAAUGGUUGCAGCACUAAACAAACAGAACCUUACAAAUUCAUUUGAAGCAAUCAGAGGGAAACUUAAGAGCUUGAAGGUCAAAAAUGACAAAGUUCAAGUUACUGAAUCACCACAGGAUGAGAAGGCUGGUGCUGUUGACCAAAUAAAGAAAAAAUAUGGAUACACUUCAAGUGAAACAAGUGCUGCAGAAGCAGCAAAAUCAAAGCUCAGUGAAAAUUUGAGAAAAUUGCAGGGCAUCAACCUUAGAACAGCUGAGAUGCAGGAUACUGCCAGAUCAUUUUCUGCCAUGGCUAAAGAGGUGCUAAAAUUUGCUGGGAAUGAGAAAGGAAAUGAUAAAGCAAGUUCCUGAUCCUCCACACACUGUCCCUUAUAGUCCAAUUAGUACUUGGUUGUGUUUCUUUUCUGCCUCUUAAUUUAUUCAAUAUUUGCAGAAUGCAAAGCAGUAUGUUAUGAAUGUGUUCUGUUCUGCAAAAUGGUCAUUAUUAGUGUGCAGAGUGAGCUUCUUGUUUUUUCUUUGGUAAAAGCAGUGUACAGAACCACAUAUGUACAUGCAUAUGUAUUAUGUAAAUUGAAUCUUCCUAAAAUUACAUAUCCUGAUCUUUGCUUUACAGAAAAGCAUUUCCAAA